UUCCGGACUGGGUCCGUGCCUUCCCGCGACUAAGAUGGCGGCCGAGCAUCCCGAGGCUCCGAAAGGGGAGUUGCAGCUGCCGCCGCCGCCCCCCGGACACUAUGGCGCCUGGGCUGCCCAGGAACUGCAAGCGAAGUUGGUAGAGAUCGGGGCGCCGAUCCAAGCAGGGAGUCGUGAGGAGCUGGUGGAGCGGCUGCAGACCUACACCCGCCAGACCGGCAUCGUGCUGAACCGGCCUGUCCUGAGAGGUGAUGAUGGCGACAAAGCUGCGCCCCCUCCCAUGUCGGCACAGCUCUCCGGGAUGCCCAUGCCGCCACCACCCAUGGGACUGCCCCCUCUGCAGCCUCCCCCGCCGCCCCCACCGCCACCUCCAGGCCUCGGCAUUGGCUUUCCAAUGGCAGUUGGACCUCGCCCGCCAAACCUGGGGCCUCCGCCGCCUCUCCGUGUGGGUGACCCUGUAGCACUGACUGAGGAGGAGCGGCUGAAGCUGGCACAACAGCAGGCGGCACUGCUGAUGCAGCAGGAGGAACGGGCGAAGCAGGCCGCUGUGUUGCUGGAACAGGAGCGGCAGCAGGAGAUUGCCAAGAUGGGCACCCCAGUUCCUCGAACCCCACAGGAGCUGGGCCAGAUGGGUGUCCGAACUCCACUGGGUCCUCGAGUUGCUGCUCCAGUGGUCCCCACACCCACUGUUUUGCCCAUGGGGGCCCCUGUCCCUCGGCCUCGUGGUCCCCCGCCACCCCCUGGAGAUGAAAACCGAGAGCUGGAUGACCCCUCCGUGGGCCCCAAGAUCCCUCAGGCUUUAGAAAAGAUCCUGCAGCUAAAGGAGAGCCGCCAGGAAGAGAUGAAUUCCCAGCAAGAGGAAGAGGAAAUGGAGACAGAUGCACGCUCAUCCCUGGGCCCAUCAGUCUCUGAGCCUGAGGAGGACACUGUGGCUGUGUCCAGGAAAGAGAAAAACCGGAAGCGUCGCAACCGCAAGAAGAAGAAGAAGCCACAGCGGGUGCGGGGAGUGUCCUCGGAGAGCUCUGGGGACCGAGAGAAAGAGAAAGAGUCUUCUCGGGCGCGGGGCUCCGAGCCCCCUGCCGCUGCCGUGGAGAUCGAGUAUGUGACUGAGGAGCCAGAAAUCCAUGAGCCCAACUUCAUUUUCUUCAGAAAAAUUUUUGAGGCUUUCAAGCUCACAGAUGAUGUGAAGAAGGAGAAGGAGAAGGAGCCUGAGAAGCUGGACAAACUGGAGAACUCGGCCAUCCCCAAAAAGAAGGGCUUCGAGGAGGAACACAAGGACAGUGACGAUGACAGCAGUGAUGAUGAGCAGGAGAAGAAGCCUGAAGCCCCGAAGCUGUCCAAGAAAAAGUUGCGUCGAAUGAAUCGUUUCACAGUGGCCGAACUCAAGCAGCUGGUGGCUCGGCCCGAUGUCGUGGAGAUGCAUGAUGUCACCGCACAGGACCCCAAGCUCCUGGUGCACCUCAAGGCUACCCGUAACUCGGUGCCAGUGCCGCGCCAUUGGUGCUUCAAGCGCAAGUACCUGCAGGGUAAACGCGGCAUUGAGAAGCCUCCGUUUGAGCUGCCCGACUUUAUCAAGCGCACAGGCAUCCAGGAGAUGCGGGAGGCGCUGCAGGAGAAGGAGGAGCAAAAGACCAUGAAGUCAAAGAUGCGGGAAAAGGUCCGGCCCAAGAUGGGCAAGAUCGACAUCGACUACCAGAAGCUGCACGACGCCUUCUUUAAGUGGCAGACCAAGCCCAAGCUCACCAUCCACGGUGACCUGUACUACGAGGGGAAGGAGUUUGAGACACGCCUGAAGGAGAAGAAGCCAGGAGAUCUGUCUGAUGAGCUCAGGAUUUCCUUGGGGAUGCCUGUCGGACCAAAUGCCCACAAAGUCCCGCCCCCUUGGCUGAUCGCCAUGCAGAGAUACGGGCCACCCCCCUCAUACCCCAACCUGAAAAUCCCGGGGCUGAACUCGCCCAUCCCAGAGAGCUGUUCCUUUGGGUAUCAUGCCGGUGGCUGGGGAAAACCCCCUGUUGACGAAACCGGGAAACCACUCUACGGGGAUGUGUUUGGAACCAAUGCGGCUGAAUUUCAGACCAAGACCGAGGAAGAAGAGAUUGAUCGGACCCCUUGGGGGGAGCUGGAGCCGUCAGACGAGGAAUCUUCAGAGGAAGAAGAGGAGGAAGAGAGCGACGAAGAUAAGCCCGAUGAGACUGGCUUUAUUACCCCUGCAGACAGUGGCCUCAUCACUCCAGGAGGCUUCUCUUCAGUGCCAGCGGGGAUGGAGACUCCGGAGCUCAUCGAGCUGAGGAAGAAGAAGAUUGAGGAGGCCAUGGAUGGAAGCGAGACGCCCCAGUUGUUCACCGUUUUGCCAGAGAAGAGGACGGCCACUGUUGGGGGAGCCAUGAUGGGGUCCACCCACAUUUAUGACAUGUCCACGGUUAUGAGCCGGAAGGGGCCAGCUCCUGAGCUGCAAGGAGUGGAAGUGGCCCUGGCUCCCGAGGAGUUGGAGCUGGACCCCAUGGCCAUGACCCAAAAGUACGAGGAGCACGUUCGCGAGCAACAGGCGCAGGUGGAGAAGGAAGAUUUCAGCGACAUGGUGGCGGAGCAUGCGGCCAAGCAGAAGCAGAAGAAGCGGAAAGCACAGCCCCAGGACAGCCGUGGGGGCAGCAAGAAAUACAAAGAAUUCAAAUUUUAAUUUCCCCUCUCGCACUUGGCCCUCUGUUAGGCCCUGGGCGAUGACUGGGCUUCACACGGGCC